AUGUGGCCAGCAAAUAGUUCUGACUUGAACCCAAUUGAAAAUCAAUGGCCAAUUCUCGGCAAUAUGGAUGACCAGAAAGUGCCUGCUCCCAAUACUGUUGCUGGAUUGGAGAAAUCCCUGCUGGAGGCCUGGAGAAAGACCUCCUUGGAGACCCUGCAGAAUCUCACUCAUUCGAUGCCGAUUAGGGAAGAAGCUCUCCUAAAGGUCAAAGGACAAUUCCCCGUAAAGUGUGAGUGUUAUUAG